GUUGCAAAAGGUUCUUUAUUAAUUAGCCAUUUACCUUUCAGCUCCAAUGGCGAUUCCUCCAUCAUACGUAGACCUUGGCAAGCCUGCCAGAGAUAUCUUCAAUAAAGGAUAUGGUUUUGGAUUAGUGAAACUGGAUGUGAAAACAAAAUCUGCAAGCGGAGUGGAAUUCACAACAUCUGGUUCAUCGAACACAGACACUGGAAAAGUCAAUGGGAGCUUGGAGACCAAAUACAAGUGGGCUGAGUAUGGUCUGACUUUCACAGAAAAAUGGAACACGGAUAACACUCUGGGAACAGAAAUUGCAAUUGAAGAUCAGAUUGCCAAAGGCCUGAAGUUGACAUUUGAUACAACUUUCUCACCAAAUACAGGGAAGAAAAGUGGUAAAAUUAAGUCAGCUUAUAGACGUGACUGUGUAAACCUGGGUUGCGAUGUUGACUUUGAUUUUGCUGGGCCUGCAAUCCAUGGUUCAGCUGUCUUUGGUUAUGAAGGCUGGCUUGCUGGUUAUCAGAUGACUUUUGAUAGUGCCAAAUCAAAAUUGACAAGAAAUAAUUUCUCUGUGGGUUACAAGACUGCAGACUUCCAACUGCACACUAAUGUCAAUGAUGGGUCUGAAUUUGGUGGGUCAAUUUACCAAAAAGUCAGUGACUGUCUUGAAACUGCUGUAAACCUGGCCUGGACAGCAGGUAGCAACAGCACUCGCUUUGGCAUCGCAGCUAAGUACAAGUUGGAUCCCACUGCUUCUGUUUCAGCUAAAGUGAACAAUUCUAGUCUAGUUGGAGUGGGUUAUACCCAGACCCUGAGGCCAGGUGUGAAGCUUACACUGUCCGCCCUGAUAGAUGGAAAGAGCAUCAAUGCUGGUGGCCAUAAACUUGGUCUUGGCCUGGAAUUGGAAGCUUAAAAAGGUGAAGAAACUGCUGCAGACAAGGGAUAUCAGAAGAAUUUGGCCUUAAAAUGUAUUUCCAAUGUGACCAGCAGGCUUAUUUUCCAGGAAAGAUGACCUAGAACAAGAGCUGUAUUUGAAGUAUUUAGACAGUUACUUGUUAGCUGGUUUCUAGUUAAAUUGGUUACCCAUCUAGUUAAAAUUCUGCAUUAGUGCAGUCACUUAAACAUUAUUUAAAUGUAUUUAACUGUUUAAUGCGCUACCCACAAAUAAUGAAAUAGACAUUUAUGAAAACUGUACAAUUGUGUGCAUGUUUGUUUUUAUGUUCCUUUUAACAUUCGAUAUUGCCAUUGAAUGAAAAAUGGAUCAGUGGAUGUUUUGAAAUGAGGUCAACAAUUUUGUUGAAUGACCUGAACUAGAAGUACAUUUGGUAUCCCAAGACAAAUUAUGAAUAAAACAAGUACACACACAUACUUGUGCCUCAGAUAUUUUAAGAGUAAAGAUAUGAGGGUAGUGCUCAGUUAAGUUUAAACUUUAAGUAAUCCAAGAAGUAGUGCUCUGUACCUUUGUGCAAUUAAGGACCCCCACGCGUGACAAUACUGAAUAUAGGUGAACAGUUGGAUUCCUCAAGCAAAUUGAAUGUGCUUUUCUGUCAGGUAAGAUUUGUCACAACACAAUGGCUUAAUUCCCCCUGUGAUCCACGGGCGAGAUGUACUGUGUUCCUAGUUGGCCUCCUGAUGCAAAAAGUACAGAUCGAUGUACUUGGCACACUGAGACAUAUAAGAAAUGUUCCUUGAAAAACCUCACCACAAACACACCUUUUGCUUAUAUUUGUAUGAAGUGAGAUGUAUCUCUGCAAUUGAAUGUAACAGUGUAAUGGUAUAACAGCCUGCUUAUCCCAACUGCUGUGAGAGGUUUCUGCUUAAAAUGACUGAAAUAAAGACAAUUUUAAAUGGAGAUGGAGGAAAAUGCAUCUGAUCUUGCUUUCCCUUUAACUAAUAGAUCUUGGCAGAUACCCAUUUUAAGUCCAGAAACUUGCAGAAUAAUGGAAAUACUCGCAUGUUUUUCCAGAAUAGUAAUAAGCGAGAAUAGAAAUAUGAGGGAUAUUUAGUCUCUGAACCUAACAUCCCUGAAGGUUGAACUAGUUGUGAAUGCUUUUAAUGAGGAAUAUAUUAAAUGUAGUUGGACGUGUAGUUGCACUGCUUACAUUUAAGAGUUGGAAUUUACUGAGCUUGGGGGAGCGCCUGGAGCCUACUUCUUAAGACACUCUCUUAGCUGUGAAGGGUGUUUUGAUACUUAGUUUUGCAGUCAGUGGUUCACAGCAGCUCUCUUCAUAGUGCAGGUGACUGGCUCAUGAUCAGGAAGCUCUCUGGUUUGGAAAUAUUAUCAGUUGAUACUGGAUUAAAAUUAAUGCCCACAAAAGUAUCAGUGAUUUGUUUGAGGUCUUGUUCCAUCCUGCGUUGUUGCCCUCCGACUGAAAUCCUCACAUGUAGCACUAUGUUACAAGCUGCCUGUGUUUAAAGCUAUAGCUGUGGAGUAGCUGAGCCACCUUCUUUGCAGAAGACAGAGUAGAGUUCAAGCCUCCAGCUGAGGCUCUUAGCAGGCUUGAUAGUGUGUUUGACUAGUUUUCUUACAUGACAGUAAAACAUUUGUGCUGUGGAGUACCUUGACUGCUGUCGUCACUAAAUGCCCUUGUCUGAGUUGUAUUUCUGCCAUUUAGGGUGGAAGAAGCAUGUAAGGUGCAAUUCGUUCUGUCAUUGCAUGUUAAGGUCCAUAGUGCAUAUUUUUAGUUUGAGUUGGUUUUAUGUGCUAGACCACUUUAAAAGCUAGAGACCAUGCAGACAUUGAAUUUUUGUAUGUGUUUUCAUUUCACUAUAACUUCAGUAUACUUUUCAGAAUAUCUUCAGUGCCUCACAAAGACUGGGCUUCUGAUACAAAAAACAUAAGAAAGAAAAAACUAAAAGCUUAAAAAACCAAACCAUGACAAACCACCAAAAAAUCUCCAAAACAAACCAAAACAACCUACCAAAAAACCCUCCCUGAAAUGUUGUGUGCCUGUAUGGAUUGUCCAGCUGCAGCACCCAGGCAAAUAAUGGAUUGUGUCUUUUGGUUAUGAAUGAUGCCUUGUUUCUAUCCUUAAACCAGUGACACUGAUGUUUCUCAGCUCUUGAUAGGGCUGUAAUUAACUUUUUUUUUUUUUUGGUGGUGGUGGUUUGUGGGUUCUGGUUUUUUUAUUUAUUUUAGAAGCAAACACUAUAACCUUUUUCUUCACUACCUGCUCUAGAUAAUUUUUUUCUGAGGUCACAAAAUGGGUAAGUGAAAUAAAAGCUCCUAUUGCCGAGUUUCUCUUCAACUCUUAAAAAUGAGUAAUGGAAAACUUGAACCUAUUCAUUUUACUGUUUGUAAAUGUGCAUGAUUUUACUAGUCCUCAGCCUUUAAACCUCAAGUAGUUGUAUUUGUUAUAGUGCUGAUAGGCAACUGGAGAAGUAAAAGGGCUCUGCAGUAGUUAAGAGAACUGUGAAAAUGUGCGUUUUUCUAAAAUAUUCUGUCAUAAAUCACUACUUCGAACAUGAAAA